AUGGCCAAUCUUUGGCCAAGCCUGGUUUUUGCCUUGGCUAUAUGCUUCAUAGCCACCAAUGUAGCAGCUAGUGAUGACAAGCCUUAUGCUUAUUCAUCUCCUCCACCACCAGAUUACUACAAGUCAUCCCCGCCAUGGUAUCACCACCAAAAAACUCCACCGUAUCACUACAAAUCACCACCACCACCUUCACCAUCACCUCCUCCUCCAUAUGUUUACAAGUCACCUCCACCUCCCUCUCCAUCACCACCCCCUCCUUACAUUUAUAAGUCCCCUCCUCCACCAUCUCCAUCACCUCCCCCUCCUUACGUCUACAAGUCACCGCCACCUCCUUCUCCAUCACCACCCCCUCCUUACAUUUAUAAAUCACCACCACCACCCUCACCAUCACCUCCACCACCAUACAUGUACAAGUCACCACCACCUCCAUCUCCUUCACCUCCUCCACCUUAUGUCUACAAGUCACCACCACCACCUUCACCAUCUCCGCCUCCUCCUUACUCACCACCACCACCUUCUCCAUCCCCACCUCCUCCUUACAUUUAUAAGUCACCACCACCACCUUCACCAUCUCCCCCUCCACCAUAUGUUUACAAGUCACCACCACCUCCAUCUCCAUCACCUCCCCCUCCUUAUAUUUACAAGUCACCACCUCCUCCUUCUCCAUCCCCACCUCCUCCUUACAUUUAUAAAUCACCACCACCACCCUCACCAUCACCUCCCCCUCCUUAUGUCUACAAGUCACCGCCACCACCUUCUCCAUCCCCACCUCCUCCUUACAUUUAUAAGUCACCACCACCACCUUCACCAUCUCCCCCUCCGCCAUAUGUUUACAAGUCACCACCACCUCCAUCUCCAUCACCUCCCCCUCCUUAUAUUUACAAGUCACCACCUCCUCCUUCUCCAUCCCCACCUCCUCCUUACAUUUAUAAAUCACCACCACCACCCUCACCAUCACCUCCCCCACCAUAUAUUUACAAGUCACCUCCUCCUCCUUCCCCAUCCCCACCCCCUCCUUACAUUUAUAAAUCACCACCACCUCCCUCACCGUCACCUCCUCCACCAUAUGUGUACAAGUCACCUCCUCCUCCAUCACCAUCACCUCCUCCACCUUACAUCUACAAGUCACCACCACCACCAUCUCCAUCACCUCCUCCUCCUCACCACCACCCCCAUCUCCAUCCCCCCCCACCUCCAUACAUUUACAAGUCACCACCACCCCCAUCUCCAUCACCACCUCCUCCAUAUGUUUACAAGUCACCACCACCACCAUCUCCAUCACCACCACCUCCAUAUGUUUACAAGUCGCCACCACCUCCAUCCCCAUCCCCACCUCCUCCUUAUGUCUACAAGUCACCGCCUCCACCAUCUCCUUCACCUCCCAAACCUUAUGAUUACGCGUCUCCUCCACCACCCACUCCUUACUAA